AUGUUAGCAGUUUUCGGUUUUAAACAUUUAUACAGUGAUGAUGGAUGUAAAGUUCUUUUGUAUUUAGCAAGGACAUCACGUGGAAUGGCAAUCUGUGUGACCUCCAUUCUGGUUUGUAUUCAGUGCAUAAUUCUUUCUCCUACUACAUCCCGGCUGUUUGUUUUGAAACGUAAAUUAACACAAUAUACAAUAAUUGCUUUUUUUUUUAUAUUAUUGCUAAAUAUGCUGACAGAAGUCAGUCCACUCAUACACACAGUAUCAAUAUUAAAUUCUACAGAUCUUGAAUACACAUUCUAUUUUGGAUAUUGUGCAAUCACUUUCUCUGAUUAUUUGACUUUUAUGGCUACCACAUUUUCUUUGUUUGUGCGUGAUUUUAUAUUUGUAUUUCUAAUGAUGACUGUUAGUGCAACUAUAGUGCUCAUGUUGUUUAUGCACAAUAAGCAAGUAACAAAUAUACGAAGUGACUUAAGAACUCGCAGCAAGAACACCGCAGAGAUAAGGGCAGCAAAAGUUGUAGUCAUUUUAGCUUCACUGUACAUUAUAUUUGUUGGGUUUGAGAACACAAUUUUUCUUUACCAAAUCUCAAUAUCCAAACGUAUUCAUCCACUUGUUUCAGAUGUUCGACAUUUUUUUUCAGUGUGUUAUGCAUCUGUAUUUCCAACUGUUGUCAUUAUUUCAAAUAAAAAAGUUAAGACUUAUCUGAAAUGUUGGUACUAA